AUGAUAUCUUUGACAUGUCUAUGUUUAGAUGGAACGCCUAUUAAAGCGUUACUUGAGCUCCCCCCUUCGCUGCAGUUUCUACAUGCACAUGACUGUGCAUCACUAGAAACCGUGACACCAAUCAAUAUCGAUAGAUCAUGGGAUGCAUUGUAUUUUACAAAUUGCUUCAAAUUGGAUCAGAAACCGCUGGUAGCAGCAAUGCAUUUGAAAAUUCAGUCCGGAGAGGAGAUCCGAUAUGACAAAAUUCGAAUGGUUCUACCGGGGAGUGAAAUUCCAGAAUGGUUCGGUGAGAAAGGAAUUGGAUCUUCACUCACCAUACAGUUGCCCUCAAAUUGUCGUCAGCUCAAGGGAAUUGCUUUCUGCCUUGUCUUUCUACUCCCUAUUCCCUCCAAUAAUGAUUUUUCUCUUGUUGAUGUAUAUUUUGAGAACCAUGUUAAGAGUAAAAACGGUGAAAAUGACGAAGACGUCUUAGCUUCCCGGAAAAGAUUCUCUCUAUUACAUCACUUGGUGUCAUGUGGCUCAGAUCACAUGAUUCUACACUACGAUCCGGGAUUGGGAAAUCAUUUUCGUAAAUAUUCUGGCAAUGAAGUGACAUUUAAAUUCUACCAUGAUGUGGAUAGCCGAAGGGCUUUGGCGUUGAAAAGCUGGGGGGUGUAUCUGCACUUUGAUGAAAAUCUACCUGCGGACAAAAGUUCAGAAGAAAAUUGAGGGAGAAAUAAAAGAAAUAGAAAGGGAGAGAGAGUUAUGUAAUUACUGCAAAUUGAUCUUCAAUUAUUACUUGGUUUUCAAGAUAGCUGUAAUUAAAUAUUGUUCUUCCAUUGCAACUGACUAACGAACUAACUUUCUGUUAUUCAACUAAUUCCUCAACUAACUGUAACAACCAUCCAUCUAACUAAUGAAUCAUGUGCGCAUUUAUUCUUGCACGUGCAGAAUAAGUACAUUUAGUCA